GAUUCUCACCUGGGCCUACAAGGCCCACAGGUCUGGCCCCAGCUCCUUUUCUGACUUCAUCUCUUCUACUCUCUUCUCAUGAAUGAUGUUUCAGCCACAAGCCUGCUUUUAUUUUUACUCUUGUUCCAAAAUGAGCCAUUAUACAUGCCGAUCCUUCUACCUGGGACAAUCUCCCUUUUUGCAGAAAAACACACAGUAGUUAUGAGCAUAGGACUUGGAAGCAGUUGACCGGGAUUGAAAUCCUAACUCCCAUUUACCAAUUGAGUGUCCUUUUCUUCUCCGGACCUCGGCCAUCUCACCCAGCAAAUGGGCUCGCCUUCAGGAUUAAUGAGACAAUGCAUGGAAAGUCAGUGGGGAGAGUCACCAUUUCCUGGCCUCCCGCCUCUCUGACCAGAACUCUCCGGGCUAGUGGAGCUGGCAGGAGUUCCAGCCACCUCUGCUUUCGAGAACUUCCCCCACCCACAGGGGCCUGAACGCACCCUUGUGCUGGCUGAGUCAUCCUGCAGCCAUCCCCCUGAGGAAGAAGACUCCUCUUCAGUGUGGGGCACGGGUCCAUGCUGGCAGCAAGGCUGCACUGGCUGCCCUGUGCCCUGGGGACCUGAUUCAGGCCAUCAAUGGUGAGAGUACAGAGCUCAUGACACACCUGGAGGCGCAGAACCGCAUCAAGGGCUGCCACGACCACCUCACGCUCUCUGUGAGCAGGCCUGAAGGCAGGAGCUGGCCCAGUGCCCCAGAGGAUAGCAAGGCUCAGGCACACAGGAUCCACAUCGAUCCCGAGACCCAGGAUGGCAGUCCAGUGACCAGCAGGCGGCCCUCAGCCACAGGGAUUGGUCCAGAAGAUGGCAGGCCAGACCUGGGAUCUCCUUAUGGGCAGUCACCUCUCCUCUCAGUCCCUCACAAUGGCAGCAGCAGUGAGGCCACCUUACUGGCCCAGAUGAGCACCAUGCAUGUGUCUCCACCCCACAGUACUGACCCAGGCAGAGGCCUCCCGCGGAGCCGCGACUGCGGAGCCCACAGGGGUUCCGAGGUGUACCGGAUGCUGCAGGAGCCUGCCGAGCCCCUCGCGCCCGUGGAGCCCAAGCAGUCAGGUUCCUUCCGCUACCUGCAGGGCAUGCUGGAGGCUGGCGAGGGAGGGGAGCGGCAGGGACCUGGCAGCCCCCGGAACCUGAAACCCACGGCCGGCAAGCUGGGAGCCCCACUGAGCGGCCUGAAGGGGCUGCCGGAGUGCACACGCUGCGGCCACGGCAUCGUGGGUACCAUCGUCAAGGCGCGGGACAAGCUGUACCACCCCGAGUGCUUCAUGUGCAGCGACUGCGGCCUGAACCUCAAGCAGCGCGGUUACUUCUUUCUGGAUGAGCGGCUGUACUGCGAGAACCACGCCAAGGCGCGCGUAAAGCCUCCGGAGGGCUAUGACGUGGUGGCAGUGUACCCCAAUGCCAAGGUGGAACUCGUCUGAGCCGCUCCUGUAACCCCACCCCCCACCUCUGCUUCUUUUAAUGCCCCGUGCGGCCCGUGUAAAUAUGCGUCUGCCCCUGCCUUUCUAAUAAACUCUCUCUGCUGGGCCUCGACCAUG